UGUAUCGUCAGAUCAUCGUUAUCGUGAGCAUUGUAGCGCAAAUCGUAUCAUAUCAUUAGUUACUAAGAGGUCCCCACUCCUAAUUGGCAUAAUAAACAUUUGAGCAAUUGUAGUUGAUUGAUGAAGUGUUGAAGCAGUUGAAGGGAAGAUGGAGUGUAGUGCUUGGCUGUAACUAGGAGUGUGCCAUCUUAGGCACCCCACGAUUCAAUUCAAUUCCGGUUCUGGGUGCUACGAUUCACUUAUUGAACGAUGACCACGGUAUUGUCGAUGAUCACGGUUUUCACGAUUAUCGCUGCAUUGCACAUUACUAAUUAAUAAAGUAGCCAAACAAAUUUAUGUCCAGUAUUCAUUUAAAAUAUCGUAAUGAUUCAACAGGAGCGGUGGAAACAUGCCCAUACAACAAAAAGCUGCCCUUAAACUUUUUCUUUUUUUUUUUUUAACGAGAAAUGGCAAAAACAUGAACCGUUUUAAAGGCAAUACUUAUUUCUCAACAUGCCCGUACAACACACAGCUACCUUGAGAUACUCUUUUUCACUAGAAGGUACAAUAACAUUAGCUAUUUCAAAGGCAGUACUUAUUUCUCUCAACAAUACAAUAAAAUUUACACAGGUGGAAUGAAUUCCACAUUUUCUGGAAACAAAGUGUCUUUAGAAAUAAGACUUCUUUAAACCAAUAUACUUUUUUUUUUUUUUUUUACAGAUUUCUGUACUAUUUCGCAUGUUUGUACCGUUACCGCUGUACUUAAUUAUGGUUUUACACAUUCUGCAUAUAGAGUAACUUUUGUACACCAACAAACAAAGGACAACUGGACAUGGAAAUACACGUUAGCGAAUUAGCUAAUUAGCUUAGCGUUCGGCGCCAACAGUUAACAUCUCAAAAACAACAACAAUAAAGGCUAAACAGUACAAGAGGGUUUGUGUACACUCACUACUUGACAUGACUUGAAACUACGGCUGGACAACUGAAAGACAAGGAGCAAGGAACUAUUUCUCUAUUUCUCGCUCUAAAAAAUAACUUGCGCACAGAAGCCUGUCUCGUAAACAAAUUUAUUUUCCAGUCUUUUGAAAAGGAGUAAAUCUCUCGCUCAGUAAUCGGCAGCAUCCAUCAUAACGUUGUACGUGCGUUCAUUAAAGGUGUCCGGGCGGCAGACGUGACUUGAAUUUCGUCCCACUACGAGCGGCUGUCAUAAAGUUAUUACGGAAAAUCAUCCUUUUUGAACAUCUGUGAAUCGUAAUCGAAUCGUCACGUGUGGAAUCGCGAUGCAUUUAAUAGUUGAUUUUUUUUGGCACGCCGUAACCAAUCGACAGUGUUUAUUCAAAUAUUUUAAAAAGCAAAAAACCUGUCAAAUUUGUGAAGUACAUCUAAACCUAAGACAUCUGUAAUGGUACAAGGCUUGAGGAAGCAUUAAUCUCACCACAAACGUCUCUUUAAAAUAAGUACUAAGGAAUAAAUAAAUACAAAUUGAUUAGAUGAAUAACACAUUUUCUCGAUGAUGAUCCAGGAGAUCACUAUCCUUAUGUUUUGUUUUGGGUUUUUUUGCAUUUGGGCCAUUCAACCCUCCCUGUCCUGACACUUUUGCUUUUCUAAAGCCUUCCGCUUCCCUCACUUUCUUUGCUCCGCCCACUCAGUGUGUGCAGUCACACAUACUGUACGUACUCAAGUGUUAAUGUGAGUAGAAGGGAUCAGAAGCUCAGGGUGAUUGAGGAAAAACAUCCAUGUGAGCAUGCAUGUGAGCGUGCAUGAUGGUGCGCGUGCAUGCUGGUCUCAGUGGGAGGGAAAAGGGUGCUUUGUGAUGCAUGGCUGUCGCUGACUUCGUCAUCGCAGGCCACUUUUCACACACACGCACAUACCCAGUCACAGAAAUAGCUGAUCCUCACAUUAUCCACACAGCACAGGCAGCAUUCCUGUCUUCUGCACCUCACAAACAAUAUCACUAUACUUUGGACCUCUAUUACUGGAGUUCCGUUGGGACCACUGUUUGGACCCCUCCUCUCGUGAACCUUUUUUAAACCCUGCUCCUCAAAAUGGAGCACAGGGGAGGCUCUCGUCGGAGGGGUGAUGGUGUCCCAAAGGAAAACAGUCCCUUCAUCAACAACACAGACAAUGACAAAAGCAACAGUUAUGAUGGCACCAACAUGGCACUUUUUGAGGAAGAGAUGGACAGCAACCCCAUGGUGUCAUCACUUCUUGACAAACUGGCAAACUACACAAAUCUCACCCAGGGAGCCCAGGAACACGAGGAGGCAGAUGACGAUGAGGGCUCCAAAAAGAAAGCUGUCAAGAGUCCUCAAAUGGGAACCUUCAUGGGUGUCUAUCUCCCCUGCCUCCAGAACAUUCUGGGGGUCAUCCUUUUUCUUCGCCUUACCUGGAUAGUCGGCACGGCCGGCAUCUUGGAAUCACUGGCUAUUGUUGGCCUGUGCUGCUCAUGUACCAUGCUGACUGCCAUAUCCAUGAGUGCAAUUGCUACAAAUGGUGUUGUGCCAGCUGGAGGCUCCUACUAUAUGAUUUCCAGAUCUCUUGGACCCGAGUUUGGUGGAGCUGUGGGUCUCUGUUUCUACCUUGGUACAACAUUUGCUGGCUCCAUGUACAUCCUGGGUACUAUCGAGAUUCUAUUGACCUACAUUGUGCCUAAGGCAGCCAUCUUUGUGGCAGAAAAAAAGGAGGAUGAAGUUGAUGCCCUUCUGAAUAACAUGCGUGUCUACGGCACGUGCUGCCUUACGCUGAUGUCCAUCGUCGUCUUUGUGGGGGUGAAAUAUGUCAACAAACUUGCCCUCGUCUUCCUGGCUUGUGUCAUUCUCUCUAUUCUUGCGAUCUACGCCGGAGUCAUCAAGACCAUCUUUGAGCCACCCGACUUUCCUGUUUGCAUGUUGGGAAAUCGUACUCUGCAGAACCACAACUUCGAUAAGUGUCUUAAGAAUGACAUUAUUGAUAAUGUGACUGCUACCACCCAGCUAUGGAAGCUGUUCUGUAAAGGACCUGAGCUCAAUGCUACCUGCAAUGACUAUUUCCUAAAUAACAACGUGACCCAGAUUCAAGGCAUCCCUGGACUUACAAGUGGAGUUAUUUCAGAAAAUAUGUGGUCAGAAUAUGGGCCUCUCGGUAUGUUAGUUGAAAACAAGAAGUUGUCAUCUCAGGGAGGAAGUGAUCCCACACAAGACAUCUACCUGCCCUAUGUUGCCAAUGAUAUUGCCUCCUUCUUUACACUACUUGUUGGCAUCUACUUUCCUUCUGUCACUGGUAUCAUGGCCGGUUCUAAUCGGUCAGGUGAUUUGCGAGAUGCCCAAAGAUCCAUCCCAGUUGGAACCAUCCUGGCUAUCUUUACCACCUCUGUCAUCUAUAUAACCUGUGUCGUGCUAUUCGGCGCAUGCAUUGAGGGCGUUUUACUCCGGGACAAGUUUGGUGACUCUGUAAAAGGCAACCUGGUUAUCGGCACACUAUCUUGGCCUUCACCUUGGGUCAUUGUAAUUGGCUCCUUCUUCUCCUGCUGUGGCGCAGGCCUGCAGAGUUUGACUGGUGCACCACGCCUGCUGCAAGCCAUUGCACGAGAUGGCAUAGUACCUUUCUUACAGGUAUUUGGACACGGAAAAGCUAACGGAGAACCUACCUGGGCUCUCCUACUUACUGCUGCAAUCUGUGAGAUUGGAAUACUCAUCGCCUCUCUGGAUGCUGUGGCUCCAAUCCUCUCCAUGUUUUUCCUCAUGUGCUACCUGUUUGUCAACCUGGCCUGCGCAGUUCAGACAUUACUAAGAACACCAAACUGGAGACCACGCUUCAAAUACUACCACUGGGCUCUCUCCUUUCUCGGAAUGAGCUUGUGCUUGGCUCUCAUGUUCAUUUCAUCCUGGUAUUACGCCAUAGUUGCUAUGGCCAUCGCUGGCUGCAUCUACAAAUACAUUGAAUACAGAGGCGCUGAGAAGGAAUGGGGCGACGGCAUCCGUGGCCUGUCACUGAAUGCAGCCCGUUUUGCCCUCAUUCGUCUAGAAGAGGCUCCCCCACACACCAAAAACUGGAGGCCUCAGUGUUUGGUGCUGCUCAACUUGGAUUCAGAUCAAGCAGUCAAGCAUCCACGCCUGCUGUCGUUCACUUCUCAGCUGAAGGCAGGGAAAGGCCUGACUAUAGUGGGAAAUGUAUUGGAAGGAACCUUUCUUACUAAAGAGGCUGAGGCAAAGAAGGCAGAGCAGAACAUCAAGUCUUCCAUGACAGCUGAACGGACCAAAGGAUUCUGUCACGUUGUCGUUUCUUCAAACCUCAGAGAUGGAGUCUCUCAUCUUAUCCAGUCAGCCGGGUUGGGAGGCAUGAAGCAUAACACAGUCCUAAUGGCCUGGCCAGGAACGUGGAAGCAGUCCAAUGACCCGCAGUCAUGGAGGAAUUUCAUAGAAACGGUGCGAGAGACCACAUCUGCUCACCAGGCCUUGCUCGUAGCCAAGAAUGUGGACAGCUUCCCCACCAAUCAAGACCGCCUGGGUGAGGGCACCAUUGAUGUGUGGUGGGUGGUUCAUGACGGAGGCCUCUUGAUGCUGCUGCCUUUCCUGCUGCGACAGCACAAGGUGUGGAGAAAGUGCAAGAUGCGCAUCUUCACUGUGGCCCAGAUGGAUGACAACAGUAUCCAGAUGAAAAAAGAUCUCCAGACGUUUCUGUACCACCUGCGACUGAAUGCAGAGGUUGAAGUGGUGGAAAUGCAUGAUAAUGAUAUCUCAGCCUUCACCUAUGAGAAGACGCUGGUGAUGGAACAGAGAUCUCAGAUGUUGAAACAGAUGCAGCUAUCCAAGACAGAAAGGGAGCGAGAGAUUCAGAGUAUCACUGAUGAAUCACGUAACUCAAUCCGGAGGAAGAACCAAGGUGCUGCCGAGGGCGCGAGCCUCAGCCGGCAGUCCUCUCCAACGGAGGACACACAAGAGGAUGAGGCCCAGCUCAUCCAUGACAGAAACACAGCCUCCCACACAGCCAGUAACGACAAAUCCGAAACUGGCCCGGAGCGGGUGCACAUGACCUGGACCAAAGAUAAGCUUUUCACAGAGCGGAACCGCAACCGCGAAGCCAACGCCAAUGUGGCCAUGCGAGACCUCUUCAACAUGAAGCCAGAGUGGGGGAGCCUGAACCAGACCAACGUCCGUCGCAUGCACACGGCCAUCAAAUUGAACGAGGUUGUAGUGAACAAGUCACAAGGAGCCCACCUGGUUCUGCUUAACAUGCCCGGUCCACCAAAGAACCGAGGAGGAGACGAAAACUAUAUGGAAUUUCUCGAGGUUUUGCUUGAAGGUCUGAACCGUGUCCUGCUUGUCCGAGGCGGCGGGCGUGAAGUUAUCACCAUCUACUCUUAGACCGGGGGAAACGAGAGUGGAAAAAAAUCCCUGUUCUGCACAUUAUCGCCUUCAAUACUAGUCACCUGACAUUUAUUUUGAAGGGAAGGACGUUUAGUCGAGUUUUAUUGAGAUGGGAUGGCGGAAUCGCUAGUAAUGAUGGUUAGUCAGCAGGACAUCGGGGAAGGAGGGGACAUUGCGGGCUCGCGAGCGAGCUCGGCGCGGCCGUGCUAGGCCGCAGCACACUCGUGAGAAAAAAAUAGAGCAUAGACACUUUAUAUUUUUCAUUCAACUCUUGACGAGGUCAUUUGUUUUAUCGCCGUCUUUCCCUCGUUGUGAUGUUAUCAACACUCACCGUUGACUGAUGUUGAACCUUUUUCUCUGAGAGGCACACACUGUGCCUCAGUAGAGCGGAGCAUCAUGGGUAGUUGUGCUGCCGCUCUGUGAUUGGUGAACACACCCUUUGCUAGCUUAUGUAGCUAUUUAUCACAUACGCAAACAUUUUAAUUAUCUAGUAAUGGCCAAAAUGUAUUUACUUUAUGCAUUCAUUCAUCAUCUAUAUGUUCAUACAAUGACAUCAUCAUUGGCCUUCACUGCAUUUAAAAAUAGAGCACAAAUUUCAUCUUAAACUGACAGUUUUGCACUAAACAUAAAGUCACGUGUUUGCUACAUUUGCGUUAUAGCUUGGUCACGUCAAUACUACAUUAUUUGCUUUAUCUAUAUUCAAGCUUUGAGCAAUAGUCUGAAUUAGCUGAAUUGUUAAAAAAAAAGAUCAGUAGCCAGGAAGAGAAAGUGCCAAAAUGAUCAAGAAACUGUGGAAGUAUUGGGGGGGGAAUUCACCGUGAAAACGAAAUUUUUAUUGUGCAGGAAAUGCAACUGUUUCAACUUGACAUUCAAAAGAAAUAUCAUCAUAUAUCAUUUACACCUCCACAGUUUCUUUUUAUUAGCAGUAUUUUUUUAAGUGAUAAAAGUUGUAUUUUCCUUUGUCGGAAAAUGUUAAAUUUGUGCAUCCAGUGGUUAUUAUCACAACAUUUUGUGUUUUGUUUUGUUCAGUUGCUGUCGUAUGGUGUCUGUAGUUUUUUUUUUUUUCUUACGUUAAUUGAACCUGUUUUAUUUUGAGUGUCUGUUGAUUGUUUUAUCAAAAAGAGGCUGGCUGGAAGAGGAAGUAUGUAUAUCUGAAGACAGCUCUAUUUUACGAUACAGCUACUUUUACUAUGUUUUAUUCACCAGAAAUUCCACCUUUACAAUACCACAGCAAAAAUUGAAAGGGUACAAUGGAAUGGUUUGAGAAGGAUCCGUGUAUCAUUCGUUCAAUUUCAAUUCAAAAAUAAAAUUUGCCAGAAAUGGGAGCUGUUAGCAUUUUUUCCUGUAAUGUAUUCAAUCAUUUUCUGUACCGCAAGCUGUUGCGGGCUAAUCACAAGUCACAAAUCUGCAAACAAACAAUCACACUCACACCGUUAAAAUACACUACCAUUCAAGAUUUGGUGAGGUGGGAAAAACUAGGGCUGCAGCUAUUUAACUUAUCAAUUAAUCAGUUAGUUAGUUCAAAGAAUCGAGUAAUCGGAUUAGGAACAUUUAAUGCGUUGAAGAAUAAAUUUUAGGAGAUGUAAAACAAUUGCUUGCUAAGAUUGCACUUCCAAAAGAGCAUUAAAUGUGAAUACAAAAUAAAAUUCCUGAUGUUUCUUCAAACUAUGCAGAAUUGCACUUUCAUUUCACAUAAAUGCAUUUAAAAAUAAAUUAAAAUACCUAAGAUAAGCCCCAAAAUGUAUUUAAAAAAAGGAUAAAUGAGGAUCUAAGUACAAUUAAAAAAAAAAACAAAAAAACAAUGGGCUAAGUUGCAAAGCAAAAGUCCGCUAGCUUAAAUGCUAUAAAAUGCUAACGUUUUUUUUUUUCUUUCACCAAUGCUCUUAACAAAACGUUCAAACACAUAUACCAACAAAAACUUCUAAAUAUACCUAUAAACUAAAUUAUGAACACCUAAAACAACAUUAGCUCACUCAAAAACUUACCUUAUGUUGGUCUUAACAGGGGGCAGCUGGAUUCAGCUAUUUUAAAUGAGUUAUGUCAUAUUCACUGUUGCCACUAGAUCGUAGUGUAUCCACCCAAAUCAAUAAAACUAAAUGCAAACACUUUCCCAACAAACCUCAACGCAGCAACAAUUUUUUCGAUUAAUUGUUGCAGCACUAAUGGAAGCCUCAAUCUCCUCCAAAGCCCGGGCUUGAACCCUUGACCUUAUAAGUGUGAGGCGACAUGCUAACCAGUCAUCCACCGUGUUGCCUCGUUUCAUUCAAUCAAAUGCUUCCAUUACAUUUUCUUGGAAAUUUAAAUGGAAAAACUAGUUGAACGAAUGUUACACAGAUUGAGAAGUUGUAUGACACUGUUGGUCUUUCUUUGUCGUUAGCCUCACAAAGAAGAAAUAAACAUUGUCUAGUUUUGAGAAAGCUAUUAAAGUUUAUGUUUAAUACUGUUACUGAACUCAGUGGCACUAAAAUGUAAUCUAAUAUAUCGCUUACCUUGAAAAAGGUUGGCAAAAGAGUUGAACGGAGUGGUAGAGAUGUGUUUCACAACUCAGUGGAAACUGGGAGGUGACUGGAAAAUGUUAUCUACCUCAAAGGUGUCACGGAGGCAUGAAGACAGAAUCAAAAAUGUGGAGACACAUUGCAGCUUCACUAAAGAGGGAAACAAGAAAGAAAAAAAUAGCCUCACCUAUGUGAGGUGAGCAGCAGAAGCGUGUGCGUGUACAUGCGUGCCAGUGUGUGUUUGUCUAUGUGUGUUGUGAGAGGUGAAGAAGCUGUUGGUGUUUCUGCUUUUGUCCUGCACUGCUAGUGAGCCUCACUGGCCGCAUAAGGAAGUCACUUUGUGGAAGUACGUAGAGACAGUAGCCCUGUAAAUUAUAUCUGUGCCUCUCUGAGUAACUAUUAAAAGUGCUGAAAUAAUCCUUGUGUUGUCUGUGGUUGUAAUUUGCUCAGUUUGCAGAGCAUUUCAUAGAAUGUUUGUAUUGCCAUCGUUAUUGUACACUUUUUACCAAGGACAUAGGUUUUCACAGGGAGGGUAGGGACAUAACACUACCAACUUUUCAGGAUGCUCAAAUUGUCCCCGCCAACUUUUAAGCAACCUUAUAUGCAUUAUAUAAUUAGUUCAGUUAUAUACAGUGGGGCAAAUAAGUAUUUAGUCAACCACUAAUUGUGUAAGUUCUCCCACUUGAAAAUAUUAGAG